CACUACUCUCCGGGCGGAAGUUCUGGGGAAAUUCUCCAGUCGUCUCCUUCCAUCCUCUGCUCAUCGCCGAUACUGGAAGCCACUAGGGAAGCAACAAGCAUGAAGGAAGAAUCUGAUGAGCACGUUCCAGUACAUGAAGAGUUCACUUAUGUUUGUGGAGCAGUUACUCAGGUCUUAAAGUGUGGCCCUUGGAAAGAUCUCUUCCAAAAUGAAAGUAGCCCAAAACUUUUAUUUCUAGUUCUUCCUGGUAACCCAGGAUUGGUGUAUUAUUACCGGACAUUCAUUCAAGUUUUGUACUCUGGCCUGAAACAGAAGUAUCCAGUUUGGGUUGUUAGCCAUGCCGGACAUUGUAAAGUCCCUUAUGGCAUGAAAAUGACAGAAGAGACAGAUGUUGGCAAACUGGACGAUGUCUUUGGACUUCGUGGGCAAAUUGAACACAAGCUGAACUUCCUCCGAAAGAAUGUGCCCAGAUAUAUGAAGCUUGUGCUUAUUGGGCAUUCGGUUGGCUGUUAUAUAGCCCUUGAAAUUAUGAAGCUUGCACCAGAACUACAGAUUCUCCGCUCUGUACUGCUGUUCCCUACAAUCGAACGCAUGGCUCAGUCUCCACAAGGCAAGAUCAUGACUCCCUUGAUGUGCCAGUUUCGCUACAUUGUGUACAUGCCUUUGUACCUGUUUACACUUCUCCCAGAAAGGGUCAAAAGUUUCCUUGUGCGCUUUGUGCUCCGCCAACAAUGCAGUGAUGAAAAUUCACUGGCAGCUACAGUAGAUAUGAUUAACAUGGAUUGUAUAGCAAAUGCAAUGUAUAUGGGGAGCAAAGAGAUGAGAACAAUCAUAGAGAAAGACAGCAGUACCGUAAGAAAAUAUUUAAAAAAGCUGACCUUUUAUUAUGGAGCUGCAGAUCCUUGGUGUCCUGUGCAGUACUAUGAAGAGAUGAAGAUGGAGUUUCCAGAUGGAGACAUCCGAUUGUGCGAAAAAGGAUUCCGACAUGCUUUUGUCCUUGAAACAUCCAAAGAGAUGGCAGAAAUGGUUAUAGCCUGGUUAGAGAAUGAUAUAGCUGGAUUGUAAUGGAAACACACCAGCCUAAGUGGGAAAUUACAUGGGGAGGGGCCUUUUUUGGAUGUUUAACUGUACUUGAAAAACUGGUUUCAUGUAUGUUUUGUGAAAGUUUUAUCAGGAAAUUUGGCAUAAUUUUGUGGACCGAAAAGAGCUUGCAGUUUUGGGGCAACUGCAUCCAGAAAUCCCUGCUAGCCUGGCCACUAGACAAAAUGAAGUUCUGUCAUUAAUGUGAUGUGAGUUAUGGGCCCAACAGCUAGUAUAAAAGUAUUCCAAAAUCCAAAACACUUCUGGUCCCUAAAUAUUUUGGAUAAUGGGUACCCAACGCAAACCAGCACAAAAUCCUCUGUGAAGCAAAGGUGAUAUUGUUCCCCUUUGAUCAAUACUAAAAGCCAGUGUGGCCUAGGAAUUAGAGCAGGAAUAUACAAAAUGCAACCAUCCAAGACUGCUUUAUGACCUUCAACCCUUCUAGGCUCCCUGAACUGCCCAACCCACCCUCACAAAAAUAUUCAUUGCUGCUCUUGGGAACAUAACUUUAUAAAAAAAAAUAUAGAUGAUAUUUGCCAAAUGGGGGAGUAGCAAUCUGCAUCUCCAUGUGCUGCUCACUGCUGGGUUGAGAUCCAUAUAAUAUCCUAAGCACCCAUCCAUAUGAGUUGGCCUGGUGGUGAAUAGAUUCCAUGGCAUGCAUUUGAUGCACAGGUCCAUCCAUUAUUCCACAUUAAGAAAAUGAUGCUCCAGAGCUUUCCCCAAACCCUGAGCUUGUCUGUAUUUUGCCACUUCCUAUUUGCAAAACAACUGCAGCUGUUUACACUGCCAUCCUCCAUCUCCUGGGUUUUGGCAGCCCAGGAAUAGAGAAUGUCACCUACAUUGCCCCAUCAUUUUUUGCUUUUUCUUUCCCACUGGGCAUGAAAAUGGUGGUGUUUAUUGCCUGGUGCCUGGAGCAACAGUAGCCAGAGGAGCGAGCCAAUUGGAAAAGCAAGAGGGGAAAGGUGGGAGUGAUUCGUCCUUCCCUCUCGCGUCUCUCCCCAUGUCAUUUCAUCACUAUGGCUAUUGUCAUUACACGUGCCAUGUGUUGGUCACCACCAUUUUCAUGCCUACGAAGUCACUACAAAGCUGAGAACAAUGAGGGCAAGGUAAGGGUGGCAAUCCAGUGGCACUGAACCAUUUGUGGUGCUGUUAGCCAUGCAAACACCAUCUAUCCAACGAGCUCACUCAACAGCUAGCCAUGUGGACCCUUGCGAUGCUGAUAUGGAGUUCCCUGCUCCAGAUCAGCAUUACUGUUUGUGGCCUGUAUAGAUGCCCCCUAAGUGACCUUGAACUAGUCAUUAUCUCUCUUAGCUUAGCCUACCAGAGAAAAUGGUUGUGAAGAUAAAGUGGGGAAGGAACCAUUUAUGCUUCUUUGUAUUGAUUUGAGAGAAGGUGGUAUAAAUGUAGCCAAUAAAUAGGAUUGUUUCAAAUAAAUAUUAUUUCUUUCUUUCCAAGUAUGGUAUCUAUGUCAUUCCAGAAAGAGGCCUAGAGAAAGCACAGCUCCUCAACAGAUGUGCACUGUGCACAUGGUGUCAACUGUGGUUUUGUUGCUGUAUUUGUGAGAAACACCCCUUAGAUGCAUUUUAGAUGAAUUAAUAAAAUAGUUCCGUUCAUCCACAUCUAUUCCAUGACUUGUGUGCAUAGUUCCUUUGUGUCAUUGCCUGUGUCCUGCUAUUUUUACAUCCAUGCAUGUGGCUCAGCAGUGAAACAGUUGCAUCUUAUGUCAAGUAUUAGACAAGAUAUUAUGAAAGCUAUGUCCCAUCCAAAAAUGUAUCUUUUAGAAUUGCACAUAGACUCAAUCAAUAAUCAGAUUAAACCAUUCUAGGGAAUUGAGGAGUAUGAAACUGGUUAUUCAAGACCCUAGCAAGAAUCAAUAUCACUAAUUCACUAUUCUGCACAUUGCUGUCAUAUUGCAUUUAUUUCUUCUUCUAGGUGGAGAACUGAAUGUAAAAAAAAAAAAAAAAGUACCAGUAAGUCAGAACCGGUAUCAGCAAGUUUGUCCAGGUUUAGCAUUUGCCCCUGAAAAACAGUGGAACUGUGGCAAGGAAGUGUGGUAUGAGAUCAACAAGAAAAGUAAGAAUUCAAAGAAUAUCAGCAUACAAAGAAUUGAGAGAAUGAAGUUGGUAGCAUAACCUUUUGUUGACCAUGGGCAAAUUUUAAAGCAGAAAAGGCCAUAUUCAUCCCCAAAGCCAGCAGUAGCAAUUUUCACAAUGUGCAAUGACUUCCAGAAAGAAAUCAAAUAUGUCAUUCCUUAACCUGAUCUUGCAUCUUAUGCAACUGGGGGGAUACGCUGGAAUUUAUAGGAGAGCCUAGCUUUGUGGUCACAUUUUUUUUUUAUAAUUGUUAAUUUUUAUGAAGUAUAAUGUUGGUCGAGAGGACUUUAAAAAGAACAAAAACACACAGACCAAUGUUAUCUCUUCCUUUGGAACUUUUCUUUGUAGUAAAAUAAUAUGGUUGCACUAUUUACAAAAACAAGGUUUCCAUAACACAAAUAAAGUGCUUUACACUUCC